CGGGCACGGCCCCCUCGGGCACGGCCCCCCCGGGCACGGCCCCCCGGGAGCGGCGGCGGGAGCGGUGGAGGAGGAUGCCGUACCUGCUCAUCAGCACCCAGAUCCGCAUGGAGGUCGGUCCCACCAUGGUGGGAGACGAGCACUCGGAUCCCAGCCUGAUGAGCUUCCUGGGGGCCACCAAGAGGAACAUGAUAGGGAACCACUUCUGGGAGUACUACGUGAACGAGGCCCCACGCCUGGUCCUGAACAAGCUGGAGAGCUGCGGCUACCGGGUGGUCAGCAUGACGGGCGUGGGGCAGACCCUGGUCUGGUGCCUCCACAAGGAAUAGCCAGGAAGGCUCCUCCUGCCUUCCCCCGGGACAAGACCUCACCCAGGACUCAUAGCAAACCUUUCCCCUUCACUCCUUUCUGUCCCAGACUCCAGGCACUUGGGAGUGAUGCAGAGGCUGCCCUGACCUGGUGGGCACUUGCCCCUCCCAGGGCUGGGGGAGGAAGGUGUGCUCAGGCACAGCACAGGGGGCUCCAUCUCUGCAGCCCCUGCAUGGCAGUCUGGCAAACACCAGCUUCUCCCAUUUUAAUCAUCUCCUUAGCAUGCACUGCAGGAAGCUCAAGGAGCAGACGUGUCUGGCUGCUCCCCAGAGAGGGACGUGCUGUGCUGCCAGCCCAGGGCAGGCCUGUCCCCAGGCCCUAGGGAGGCCACGUACAGAUGAUGUGCUGCCUCAUCCCCAAAACAUCAAGGGCAACUGCUGCACCUGGACAGUGCUCCUUGGGAACCCCUUCAACUCAGCAGCACAGCAAGUUUCUCCCAGCUGGGACCGUGGUGAGCAGCAGCAUCAGCCCUUUGGCCCCAAGGGUGCCAUCCAGGCCUCUCACAUUGCUCCUGACACAGCCUCGGAAAGGUCUUGUGAACACUUCAGGCAUGGGCUCUGUGAUCUGAGCAGCAGCUGUUGCAGUGCUGGAUUGUUUGGGACUGUACAUCCAUCCUGCUGUAGAGGUGCCAUCAAUAAAACAUUCCUCUGAAGA